AAACCCUCCAGCGCGCAACCACAACCCCUCCCCGGAAGACGAAAGACCAUAAAAUUGAACCCGAGGUAAACAAAUAGACCCAAGAUGCGGCUGACGGCCGACCUGAUCCGGGAUUCCCUAUCCUAUCUCAACCCUCUCAAGGAGCGGGAGCUUGAUCUUCGAGGACACCGGAUCCCCGCGAUUGAGAACCUGGGUGUCGCUGGCCCUCACGACGCCAUCGACUUCACCGACAAUGACAUUCAAGUCUUGGGAAACUUUCCCCUGUCGCCCCGUAUAACGACUCUCCUCCUCGCAAGGAACCGCGUCUCGAGCAUUCAGCCUUCCCUCGCAAAGGCCAUUCCCAACCUCAAGAACCUGGUGCUGUCCUCGAAUAACAUCGCCGAGCUUGCGGACCUGGAUGCGCUGGCUGGAUUCCCGCGCCUGACGCACCUUGUGCUAGUAGACAACCCAGCUUCCAAGAAGGAGAACUACCGAUACUGGGUGCUCUGGAGAUGCCCCUCGGUGCGAUUCCUGGAUCACGAAAAGGUCAAGGAGGCGGAACGGGAGAAGGCGCGGGAGCUGUUUGGAACUGAGGAAGAGCCCACCGCUCUGGCUUCAAAGAUCAUGGGAAUCAAGACCACCAACUUCACUACCUCGGCCGAUGGCUCAGAAGCCCCGUCUAAGCUAUCGCGGAUAAAGCUCACCGACGCCGAGAAGAAGAGAUUACAGGAGCGUAUCAAGAAGGCCACAAGCCUGCAGGAGAUUAUCGCGCUGGAGAAGGAGUUGAACGAGGGACGUCUGCCCUCUGGCAUCCAUGGAGAUGCCAUGGAAGAGUGAUAUACCACGGCCGCAUGGUUUCUGGGGGAAGGGACAUGGAAAAAAGGCAAUGGAAUUACAUGAGCCAGGCUUUCAAUAGCUGUUGCAACAUCGGUGUUUGAGGCUGUAUU